GACGAAGAGGCAGCCAGCAACGAUAAUCAAACAUCCAGCAUUGAGUAAGCUUGCACAUGGUGUUUCAGUCUCAUUGAAAGAAGUUCUCAAGAGGUCGAGUAAAGAACAGCGACUUGAAUCUCAGGCGAGUUGAGCUGGGCCUCUCCUCUACGUCAUUUUAUUUACACUUCAGAGAGCGGAGAAGAAGAGAUUAGAAUCAGUGAGCCUUGUUGUGUCCAGCUGAUUUUAAAGACAACAUGAUGACCAUCCGGUGAGAGCGAUAGACAUCGUGGCCUUGCUUGGUGACGUGCUGCUCCCUCUGUCCUUGUCCCUGUCUCCAGCCCUGCCUCCACCCAAACCGAACCAUCACCAUGGGGAUUAAGAAAGAUGCCGACACCUUGUCGACUGGCUCCAUGCGUUUGAAGCAGGAGAUCUCCCUGCUCCACGGGGUCUGUCUCAUCGUGGGCAACAUGAUCGGCUCGGGCAUCUUCGUGUCUCCCAAAGGGGUUCUCCUCUACACCGGCUCCUUCGGCCUGUCUCUCGUGGUGUGGGCCAUCGGCGGGGUCUUCUCCGUGUUCGGGGCUCUGUGCUACGCCGAGCUGGGAACCACCAUCCACAAGUCUGGGGCCAGUUACGCAUAUAUCCUGGAGUCCUUUGGAGGCUUUCUGGCUUUUAUUAGGCUGUGGACGUCCCUGAUGAUCGUGGAGCCAGCCUGCCAGGCUGUCAUAGCCCUCACCUUCUCUAACUACCUGGUGCAGCCCUUCUACCCCACCUGCACAGCCCCUUACGAUGCUGUGAGACUAAUAGCAGCAGCCAUCAUCGGUCUCCUGACAUGUGUGAACUGUAUGAAGGUGAAGUGGGGGGCCAUCCUCCAGGUGGUCUCUACAGUAGCUAAGGUCCUGGCUCUCAUCGUCAUCAUCAUCGCUGGGAUGGUCAAGCUGGGACAAGGCCAGACGCAGAACUUUGAGGAUUCGUUUAAGGGUUCUAAAGUGAACCCUGGGGACAUGGCUCUGGCUCUGUACGCUGCUCUCUACUCCUAUUCCGGCUGGGACACACUCAACUUUAUCACCGAGGAGAUUAAGAACCCGGAGAGGAACCUCCCGUUGGCCAUAGGGAUCUCAAUGCCCAUCGUCACGGUGAUCUACAUCCUGACUAACGUUGCCUACUACACCGUGAUGAAUGCUGAAACCGUGCUGGCCAGUGAGGCUGUGGCUGUGACGUUUGCUGAUGAGAUGCUGGGCUGGGCUCGGUGGCUGAUCCCCCUGUCAGUGGCCAUCUCCUGUUACGGAGGACUCAACUCCUCCAUCAUCGCUGCCUCCAGGCUGUUCUUCGUGGGCUCCAGGGAGGGUCAUUUACCCAAUGUCCUCUGCAUGAUCCACGUCAAACGCUACACUCCCAUCCCAGCACUGCUCUUCAACGGUGGCAUGUCUCUGAUCUACCUGUGUGUGAAGGACGUGUUCCAGCUCAUCAACUACUUCAGCUUUAACUACUGGCUGUUCAUUGGUCUGUCCAUCGCCAGCCAGAUCUACCUCCGGGUCAAAGCUCCGGACAUGCACCGGCCCGUCAAGCUCUCCCUCUUCUUCCCCAUAGUGUACUGUCUAUGUAGUGUGUUCCUGGUGGUAGUACCUCUCUACAGUGAUACCAUCAACUCUCUGGUGGGUAUCGGGGUGGCUCUUUCUGGAGCGCCAGUCUACUACAUCUGUAUCCACCUGCCCCCCUCCUCCAGACCUGCCUUCCUGGGCAGGAUGCUCGACACGAUCUCCCUGAACACCCAGAAGCUGUGUCUGUGCUGUGUGGUCUCACCUGACCUAGACCUGGACAACAUCCCUGAGGAGAAGCUGGAGUAAAAGGAGAGACUAAGCCAUAGGUGGAACAUACAGCCCACCAUCACAGCUACACUCCACCGCCCUCCUCCUCCACAAGGCUUAUCGAUGAAGCAGUUUAUUCUCUUUUUUUUUCUCUUUUUUUAAUUUAAUUUAAUUGAUGUGAAUUGAUUUCUUAUGGGACUGCACAGUGAGUGUGUUGUGUUCAGUGCUAUGGUUGGCCUGAGGGAAGCCACUUGCUAGUGCUGGUGACCUGCCACAUGCAAAACAGCACAAUGUAGUUCACUCCUACUGGUAACACCUAUGGACACGGUCAAUUAUGGAAGUUGAACCAUUUGAAAAAAGCAAGAAAUCCAAAUGCAGAUUUCAACAGGACCUCCUACUGACCAUUUAGGACCUCCUACUGACCAUUUAGGACCUCCUACUGACCAAAGAUUGGGUUUGAAGUUAGUGGAGAUUGAAGUGUUUGUUGCUUUGUCUAGAUAUUGAAUGAGUUGGAUAUUAAAGUCAUGAUUUUUUUAAAAAUUAAGUUGGGAGGGGUUAAUCAAAGAUACCUGUUCUAACCCAACAGUACUUUCCUUAGGCCAGGUGUGUGUAUGUGUGUGCUCGCAAAUUGCUUAUCAAUGACCUGUCUUUGACAGUUUUAGGUCCGUAUUCUCCUAUACAAGGGUCACUGAAGAUUAUUCCAUCCACUUAGUGAUGGUGUCAAGUGAUUUAUGUACUGUAUGGAAACUGGCAUGGGUUGAGCCAUUAUGGAGUUGAAGUAAUGUUUAUUGGUGAACCGACUGAAUUUAGAACAAAAUGGUUCCUAUUUGGUUCUUUAGUUGUCUCUACCAAGCUACGCUAUUCUCCCUGAUAACUCACUCCUUCCCAUGACAAGAGAUUACUGUUUGUUGCCUUUUCCGUUCUGCCGUUUGUUUUAAAGCGUUAUUUAUGACCAGUUUGUCCUUGACGGACUGACGACAGUCAUUUAGUUACUGUUGCCUUUAGGCCACUUUUGAUCUCACUUGGAUGCUAUCAUUCUAUAUCACAUCACCAGUUAUUCACAUUGUUACUGUUACCAUGGUUGUCCUAUUGAUGUCCAGAAAGUAACACGUAGGCCCAUGGAGUCUUUAGAUAUUUAGCCCAUGCCGUUAUUACGCUAAGGUAGCGCUCUAAGCAAUACAGCCCGAGCGGGUGUGGUAUAUGGCCAAUCUACCACUGCUUAGGACUGUUCAUAGGCACGAUGCAACGCGGCCAUAUACCACAAACCCCCGAGGGGCAUUAUUGUCAACUGGCUACCAACAUAAAAAUAAACUUUUUUUUUUGAUACCCGUGGUGGUCUGAUGUACCAUUUAGCAUUCAGAGCUGAAACCACCCAGUUCAUAACACCUUUGAUCCUAUUCCAAGGGUUGGCAACUUUUUUUUAGUCUUUUUUUUAGGACUUUACUUUUUGGUGAAGGGGAAAAAGUAAAAAUACUGAAUCUGGAAUUCAUCAAAUUUAGUUUUAAAUUCUUAUUUGAAAAUAAAAUCUCUUUGGGCUUAGUAAUGCUCAAUUUGCAAACAUCGGAGCAAUACCCUUAGUACACAAAUCUAGUUAGCUUUCUCAGUCAGCGUUGAAGUCACCUACAGUGACAUGUUAACGGCACUCGAUAUUCAAAUUAGUACAAUUUUACUGACACAUUUCAAACCAUAAGCCUUUCUGAAGAACCAAACUGACAGUUACUGAUGUAGAAAUGGGCAACUGUAUAAAGGAUAUGUCCAAUGUUUUUUUUUUAUACAAAACAUAAGCGUUUUUUACAAUUUUCGAUGGUUAUCCUAUUAAUUAAAUCUCAGCCAUAGACUUGUCAUGCAUGUCUCACUUUCAAUUGUUUUUUUGUCAUCUUGUUUUAGACCUAGAAAUCCUACAACAUACAGUUGAAGUUGGAAGUUUACAUACACCUUAGCCAAAUACAUUUAAACUCCAGUUUUUCACAAUUCCUGACAUUUAAUCCUAGUAAAAAUUCCCUGUCUUGGGUCAGUUAGGAUCACCACUUUAUUAAGAAUGUGAAAUGUCAGAAUAAUAGUUAUUUCUUUCAGCUUUUAUUUCUUUCAUCACAUUCCCAGUGGGUCAGGAGUUUACAUACACUCAAUUAGUAUUGGAUAGCAUUGUCUUUAAGUUGUUUAACUUGGGUCAAACGUUUCGGGUAGCCUUCCACAAGCUUCCCAGAAUGAAUUUUGGUCCAUUCCUCCAGACAGAGUUGGUGUAACUGAGUCAAGUUUGUAGGCCUCCUUGCUCGCACACGUUUUUUUAAGGUCAGGCUUUUGUGAUGGCCACUCCAAUUCCUUGACUUUGUUGUACAUAAGCCAUUUUGCCACAACUUUGGAAGUAUGCUUGGGGUCAUUGUCCAUUUGGAAGACUCAUUUGCAACCAAGCUUUAACUUCCUGACUGAUGUCUUGACAUGUUGCUUCAAUAUAUCCACAGAAUUUUCCUCCCUCAUGAUGCCACCUAUUUUGUGAAGUGCACCAGUCCUUCCUGCAGCAAAGCACCCCCACAACAUGAUGCUGCCACCCCUGCUUUACAGUUGGGAUGGUGGUCUUUGGCUUGCAAGCCUCCCACUUUUUCCUCCAAACAUACGGUCAUUAUGGCCAAACAGUUCUAAUCUUGUUUCAUCAGACUAGAGUACAUUAACCCUGAAAAGUAUGGUCUUUGUCCCCCAUGUGCAGUUGCAAACCGUAGUCUGGCUUUAUGGUGGUUUUGGAGCAGUGGCUUCUUCCUUGCUGAGCGGCCUUUCAGGUUAUGUCGAUAUAGGACUGGUUCUACUAUGGAUAUAGAUACUUUUUGUACCUGUUUCCUCCAGAAUCUUCACACAGUCCUUUGCUGUUGUUCUGGGAUUGAUUUGCACUUUUCGCAGCAAAGUACGUUCAUCUCUAGGAGACAGGACGCGUCUCCUUUCUGAGUGGUAUGACGGCUGCAUGGUCCCAUGGUGUUUAUACUUGCGUACUAUUGUUUGUACAGAUGAACGUGGUACCUUCAGGCGUUUGGAAAUUGCUCACAAGGAUGAACCAGACUUGUGGAGGUCUUUUUUUUAGGUCUUUGCUGAUUUCUUUUUGAUUUUCCCAUGAUGUCAAGCAAAGAGGCAUUGAGUUUGAAGGUAGGCCUUGAAAUACAUCCACGGGUACACCUCCAAUAGGCUAAUUGACAUCAUUUGAGUCAAUCAGAAGCUUCUAAAGCCAUGACAUAAUUUUCUGGAAUUUUCCAAGCUGUUUAAAGGCACAGUCAACAUAGUGUAUGUAAACUUCUGACCCACUGGAAUUGUGAUACAGUGAAAUAAUCUCUAAACAAUUGUUGGAAAAAUUAUUUGUCAUGCACAACUUGCCAAAACUAUAGAGUGGUUGAGUUUUCAUGACUCCAACCUAAGUGUAUGUAAAUGUCUAAUUUCAACUGUAUUUUUGGAAGGAUUCAAUGCCAGAUGUGCAUUCAUGUCAUUUUAAUUGAACAUUCUGUCAGCUGUGUUCUUUAAGAAGAACGCAACAUCUUCUUUACGGUCCAAUUCGUUAAGACAAUGGACCAAAUAUUACAGCUACAGGCCGGGACAUAUUGGACUAAUAUGCAUUAUAUAGUGUUACAUGAACUCCUAUCAGAGGUGGUUGAGGGACAGUGAAUGGCACGACCAAUUGGCCUCAGGAUCUCGUCAUGGUAUCUCUGUGCAAUUAAAUUGCCAUUGAUAAAAUGCAAUUGUGUUCGUUGCAUGUCGCUUAUGCCUGCCCAUACCUUAACCCCACCGUCACCAUGGGGCACUCUGUUCACAAUGUUGACAUCAGCAAACCUCUCACCCACGCGACACCAUACACGUGGUCUGCGGCGUUGAGGCCGGUUAGACGUACUGCAAAAUUCUCUAAAAUGGAGGCGGCCUAUGGUAGAAAUGAACGUUCAAUUCUCUGGCAACAGCUCUCAUGGACAUUCAUGCAGUCAGCAUGCUAAUUGCACACUCCCUCAACUUAAGACAGCUGUGGUAUUGUGUUGUAACGUAACUGCACAUUUGUGUCCUUUUUAUUAUCCCCAGCACAAGGUACACCUGUGUAACAAUCAUUCUGUUUAAUCAACUUCUUAAUAUGCCACACCUGUCGGGUGGAUGGAUAAUCUUGGCAACGGAGAAAUGCUAACUAACAAGGAUGUAAACCAAAUAUGUUCAACAUUUGAGAGAAGGUUUUGUGUGUAUGGAAAAGUUCUGUAAUAUUUUAUUUCAGUUUAUGAAACAUGGGACCAACACUUUACAUAUUGCAUUUUUAUAUUUUUCAGUGUACAGAUGUGGUCAAUGGCAUCUUGACAUUUUGCUUUAAUGUAACUUUUUCUCUUAUUCCAUCCAGAGCUGUUGACAGUUUAAGAGACUUGGGGAAUCAAAUGAAUUUGUCUUACAUGAACUGAUUUGUGCAAUGUAAACAAUUCCACGGAUGUAUGGCUGCCAUUUUAAUGUCUCUAGAGUCUUUCUGAUUUUUGGUUGUUGUCAGUGGGCAGAAGAAAACAAGUGGAAUGUUAGACCCAUCUGCCUUGCAUUAUAUGUUACUCUUGGUGAGGUCACAUAUAUCUUCCACUGCUGGUGGGUUUGGCAACUUUGUGCCUUUAAAAAAAAAAGUUUUUUAUAACUCCAUGUCUGCAUGACUAUUCAAAACUGGGGAAUUUAAAAAAAUUAUUAACUCACCAACUUGAUACAGUCCAUCCAUAGGACUGUAUUUCCUACCAUCAUUCCUGACUCACAGGGUUGUAUACAGAAAGACUUGGAAAGAAACAUGCUAACUUUAUAAUGAUCGAUCAUCACUUUAAAAGGACCAUCGCUUUACAGAACAACAUAGGCAUUUUUGCCUCAAUCUUUAGUUCUGGUGCACUGGGAUCUUUUAGUAGGAAUGUUAUAUUUGGGUGUCUGAUCUUUGAAUUUUAUUUAUUGUGUGGGGGGGAGACUAAUCAAUCAGUGAUGUACAGUUUCUCUGGUUCAUCUUUUUGGAGUACUAUAUAUAUAUAUAUAUAUAAUCACACUAAGCGUGGUGCAAAUUCAUUACCAUUAAGAACUUCCCAUGGCAGACUGAUCAGGUGAAAGGUAUGAUCCCUUAUUGAUGUCACUUGUUAAAUACACUUUAAUCAGUGUAGAUCAAGGGGAGGAGACAGGUUAAAGAGGGAUUUUUAAGCCUUGAGACAUGGAUUGUGUAUGUGUGCCAUUCAGAGGGUGAAUGGGCAAGACAAAACAUUUCAAGUUCCUUUUAGAACGGGCUCUGCUAGUAGGUGCCAGGCCUACUGGUUUGUGUCAACUGCAACGUUUCUGGGGUUUUCAAGCUCAACUGUUUCCAUUUACAUUACAUUACAUUUAAGUCAUUUAAAUGUAAUGUAAAUGGCAACCGUUGAGCUUGAAAACCCCAGAAACGUUGCAGUUGACACAAACCAGUAGGCCUGGCACCUACUAGCAGAGCCCGUUCUAAAAGGAACUUGAAAUGUUUUUUGUAUAUGGUUUCCCGUGUGUAUCAAGAAUGGUUCAGCACCCAGAGGACAUCCAGUCAACUUGACACAGCUGUGGGAAGCGUUGGAGUCAACAUUGUCCACCCUCCCUGUGGAAUGCUUUUGACAUCUUGUAGAGUGCAGGGGGUGCAGCCUUCUAUGUAGUUGUAAUGCACAAGAUGUAUUACGUGGAAGCUGCAGUAUGGUUGUUUUAGCCUUGGACCAGAUCUGUUUGUGGUGUCUUGCCAGCUCUUAUGAAACCAGGUUAUGGUGGUGUGUCCUUGAAGUUGUUCCUCUCAUACCAGUCCCUUAUACUCAUCACCUCAUCCUUCAGAUCAUUUCCUCUCAUACCAGUCCCUUAUACUCAUCACCUCAUCCUUCAGAUCAUUUCCUCUCAUACCAGUCCCUUAUACUCAUCACCUCAUCCUUCAGAUAAUUUCCUCUCAUACCAGUCCCUUAUACUCAUCACCUCAUCCUUCAGAUCAUUUCACUGAAGUGUUCUCAUUCCAUUCUUUCAUUGCAUUCCAAUUCCGUUUGCUCAAGUUGUCCAUGUUACAGUCUUGCCAUUCAAUCCUAUACAGCUGGUUGUGGUCAAUAUUUUGUGGCUUAUUGUAUCUAUCUACAGUAUAUGGUCCAUUGACGGUCAAGUUCUAGUCACUCCUAGUAAUGGUCCUGUUGAUGUGUACAUGUUGAGUCAUUAUUCCAGUUUGAGUCUUACUGUCAGUCUGCUUUGUUCCAUUUGUAUUAGUUAUAUUUUAUGAUGGAGAAAUGUACAGUGCACCAAAUGACAAACAAGCUGUAUAAUGCAAAGAGAUAUACUUUGGUAUUUUAAAUGAUUCAGAUAUGUGACGUGGAAUUAAAAUGUAAUAAAUACAAUUCUGAACUAUGA